AACACUAUAUUUGUCAAACAACAUCGCGUCAACGUGUUUGUCAUGGUUUUUAUUUUACGCUUUGAUGAAAAUCUAGUAAUGUGUUUAUAAGAAAAACCUUUAGAACAUAGCUUAUAACGUUAAUGAUAUUAGUUUAGUAUAAUGGUGAGAAGUGGGCGUGAUCGUGAUAGAGACCGCGAUCGAAGGCGGUCUCACAGCCGAUCGGCAACGCCUGACCGUAAGAGGAGGCGGUCCAGGUCUAGAUCUAGAGACAGGACUUCUAAAUCGACGAAGAGUAGAAAGCGUAGUCGUAGCAGGGAGAGGGAGUCCAAGAGAGAACGUAGUAGGGACCGUAGCAGGGAACGCGAGCGUGAUAGGGAUCGUGAUCGUGACAGAGAUCGUGACAGGGAUCGUGACAGAAAGAGUGAUAAGCGUGAUGACAAGAGGAAUGGAUCAGGAAAGUCCUCAAGGAAGAAAUCACCAGAUAAAGAGAAGGAAAGGUCCAAGUCGAAAGAGAAAGCUGUCAAAACUGAAUCUGAGUAUGAUCCAGGAACAGUAGAUAAGGAAGAAGAACAAAGUCGUUUGGAAGCUGAAAUGCAGAAGCGACGAGAUCGUAUCGAACGCUGGCGUGCUGAAAGAAAACGUAAAGAAUUGGAGUCUGCUAAAAAAGAGGUCCAGAAAGGCAGUAUUGUAAGCAAUAUACAAGUACCAGCAAGCAAGAAAUGGUCACUAGAAGAUGAUUCUGGCGAUGAGGGUGAAGAUCCAGGUGCGGAAACCAAAGAGAAACCAGUGGUGGAUGAAAAGAAAGUGGAGGAAGAAGAAGAUGAAAUAGAUCCACUGGAUGCUUACAUGCAAGAGGUGCAACAGGAGGUGCGUAAAGUGAAUCAGAUGGAUCAGGCGCGAGGUGUCAUAAAUGUGCCCACCACUGCAGGCGGCACUGUCGUCGUACUAACAGGCACAGCUAAGAAGAAAGUCACUGAACAGAAAAAUAAAGGAGAAUUAAUAGAACAGAAUCAGGAUGGUCUGGAAUAUUCUUCGGAGGAGGAGACGGAGGACAUUAAGGAUGCCGCCGCGAACCUGGCUUCGAAGCAAAGGAAGGACCUGGCUAAAGUCGACCACGCAAGUCUCAACUACAUGUCUUUCAGAAAAGCUUUCUAUACUGAAGUAAGUGAAUUAUCCAGAAUGACUCCAGAAGAAGUAGAAGCAUACAGAACAGAGUUAGAAGGUAUCCGAGUGAAGGGCAAGGGUUGCCCCAAACCAAUCAGGACUUGGGCUCAUUGCGGUAUUAGUAAGAAAGAAAUGGAUAUACUAAGGAAACUUAACUUUGAGAAGCCAACUCCUAUUCAAGCUCAGGCCAUCCCUGCCAUUAUGUCUGGCAGAGACCUUAUCGGAAUAGCAAAGACAGGGUCAGGCAAAACCUUGGCCUUUAUCCUGCCAAUGUUCCGCCACGUACUUGACCAGCCGCCCUUGGAAGACACAGACGGACCCAUUGCACUCAUCAUGACUCCUACCAGGGAACUCUGCAUGCAAAUCGGCAAGGACAUCAAGAAAUUCGCCAAGUCCUUAGGCUUAAGAGUAGUCUGUGUCUACGGUGGCACCGGGAUCUCUGAACAGAUUGCAGAAUUAAAACGAGGGGCAGAAAUGAUAGUGUGUACUCCAGGCCGUAUGAUCGACAUGUUGGCUGCCAACUCCGGCCGAGUGACCAACCUGCGCCGCGUCACAUACAUAGUGCUGGAUGAAGCUGACAGAAUGUUCGAUAUGGGCUUUGAACCUCAGGUUAUGAAGAUUAUAGACAACGUCAGGCCUGAUCGUCAGACUGUGAUGUUCAGUGCUACAUUCCCGAGACAAAUGGAAGCUCUCGCCAGAAGGAUAUUGCAGAAACCUAUUGAAGUACAGGUCGGCGGCAGAAGUGUAGUUUGCAAAGACGUGGAGCAACACGUAGCUAUCUUAGAAGAGGAUGCGAAGUUCUUCAAGUUGCUGGAGUUGCUGGGACUGUACAGCCAGAUGGGCAGCAUCAUCGUGUUCGUGGACAAACAGGAGAACGCUGACAGUCUACUCAAAGACCUCAUGAAAGCCUCCUACUCAUGCAUGAGCUUGCAUGGAGGGAUUGAUCAAUUCGACAGGGACUCAACUAUCGUGGACUUCAAGUCUGGCAAGGUGAAGCUGCUGGUCGCUACCAGCGUGGCGGCGCGAGGGUUGGACGUCAAACAACUCGUACUCGUCGUCAACUACGACUGCCCUAAUCAUUACGAGGACUAUGUUCACAGAUGUGGUCGUACGGGUCGUGCCGGCAACAAAGGCUACGCGUGGACAUUCCUCACUCCAGAGCAGGGUCGCUACGCGGGCGACGUCGUGCGGGCCUUCGAACUGGCCGGGGCGGUGCCGCCGCACGAACUCAGGCAGCUCUGGGACAAGUAUAAGGAUGCUCAGGAGAAGGAAGGCAAGAAAGUGCAUACUGGUGGCGGCUUUAGCGGGAAAGGUUUUAAAUUCGACGAAUCAGAAGCCCAAGCGGCCACUGAAAAGAAGAAGUAUCAGAAGGCGGCUCUCGGUCUCCAGGAUUCUGAUGAUGAAGACGUGGAAGGUGACCUGGAUCAGCAAAUAGAGGUCAUGCUAGCUGCCAAGAAGAUUGUUAAAGAGAUCAAGCCUGGAGUAGCAGCGGCGGGAGUGGCGGGCGCGGGCGGCGCGGCGGCGGGCGCGGGCGCCGACCGCAAGCUGGAGCUGGCGCGCCGCCUCGCCGCGCACAUCAACCUGUCCAAGGGACUCGGCGCCGAGCACAAGGGCGCCACGCAACAAGCUGCAGAGGCCAUACUCAAGGGCGCGCCCUCGGCACACACACUUAUCACUGCUAAAACAGUAGCAGAACAGCUGGCUGCCAAGUUGAACACGCGUCUGAACUACCAACCCAGGGAUGAGAGCGCGUCGGAACCUGCUGAGGAAGUGUUCAGGAAGUAUGAGACAGAACUGGAGAUCAAUGACUUCCCACAACAAGCUCGCUGGAGAGUCACUAGCAAGGAGGCGCUAGCGUUGAUCAGCGAGUAUUCCGAGGCCGGUAUAACGGUGCGAGGUACCUACGUCCCGCCGGGUAAGACGCCGCCUGAAGGAGAGCGUAAGCUGUACCUCGCGAUAGAAAGCUCCCAAGAACUCGCCGUCGCCAAAGCCAAAUCGGAAAUAACGCGCCUCAUCAAGGAAGAACUCCUCAAACUGCAAACCUCCGCUCAUCACAUGAUUAACAAGGCUAGAUACAAAGUGUUGUAAAUGAACGGAAUAAAACCGGCGUAAUUAUGUUAA